CUAAGAUUAUCAGCGGCAGCUUCCCAGACGACGGCCUUCCCUCGUCUACCAGCCUGAACAAAGUCAACAAUCCAUGUGAAAAGACUUGGACAUGACACGCUCAGCGUUUUUCUUUCUGGAAUGUAUCCUUAAAAACUCAAUGCAUGUCAUUAAGCUUCAUUAAUCUGAAGUGCUUUGUCUGGUAAUUCAUUUAAUAGUAUUAUUUGUCAUUUUUGAAUAGAAUUUUGUGAGCAUUUCAAAAAUAUAAUUAUUUUCAACUUACAAUAUACAUUAUUACAUAUAACAUUAUGCAAAGGUAUAUGCUUGGUAAAAAUUUAUAAGAAUAAUUCCCAGCAAAAUAUUUUGAGCUGUUACGGCAUAUUAGAAAACAGAUGAAUGUGUGUAACUAUUUUUGAGCUCAAGAGAUCAGGAAAAGACUUGGGAAUAUGAACAAAUGAUGUGCAGAAGGAGCUGCAGCAGGGCGCUGCCAACAUUUAGCACAGCAGGCAGAGGAAUAUCAGAACCACAGGGAGGCUGGAAGAAUGUUUCUGUGGUGCAAAGCUUCUGCUACAGACUCCAAAAGAGGUUGUAUAAAUAAAAAAUAUUUCUCAAAUUCAAACUGGCAGUCUACACAGGGUAUGAGAGUUUGAGCUUCUAUUAAUAAUUUUGCUGCUGUGAAAUGCUUCACCAAUCUUGGGCAGCUCAAAAAAUACUUAAUCAAAGAGUUAUGGAUGUGUUUAUAGUAUAUAGGGUAAUGAGAUUUGUUUCCUUAUUUAACCCCAAUUAAAUUUCAGUGGUGCGUGGAAUUCAGUAUCUAUCUAAAAGUAGCUUUUAAAAAUAUAUAUUUUUUAAUUUCUUGCUGAUUAAUGCUCUCUCGAGCUCUCUACUGCCACCAUUUUGCAAGUGAAACGGCACUCUGUGGCACAGCCAUGUCACACACAAUUAGUGUUCCUGAGAGUCACAUGGAUCCACACUGCUUGGGGCCAAAUAGGUACCAUCCAUUUCCUAGAAACAGGCAGCGGAGAACACGAUAUCUAUCUCAUCAUUAGUUAAAUGAAGAUAGAAAAAGACUGCUCAGCAAGAAGAAAUCGCAGUGCUUUCCGAAAUAUAUGUAUUUUUGUGUGUGUGUGCGUGUGUGUGUGUGUGUCAGAAAUGCGAACUAAUGGAGACAACUCUAUUUUAGGUAGUAAUUGUGCUGGAAUUAUUACAUAUGAUAGGAGUCAAUUCUUCUCUAAAUGGGUUUGUUUUGUAAAUAGUGUGAAAAUAGACUCAUACCAACCAGUUGAAAAGCAUAACAAAGAACAGAAAUUUGAAAGAGGACUGCACAGACAUGUACUUAGCCUUUUUGUGCUUUAUACUUUCUUUUUUUAAUGUAUGUGUUGUGGUAUGCAGUGCAGUAUGAAAAAAACACGCGUUGAUUAAUAGUAAAACUGUAUGUAAAUACUUAUUGACAUUUUUUCCAACCAUUUUUUAAAAGCUAGUACAAUAGCUUUUAACCUAUUGGUUGUGUUUUAACCCAAACCCAGCCAAAUGAUUCAGAUCCCAAAAAAAGAGCUGCGAUUCCCAUCAGAUGUUGACCUAAAUUCGUGAGCGGUCCCUUUAAGAAACAUAUUUACUUCCUGAACGCCACAGCAAAUGUAGCCUUCAUAACAACCGGUGGUAAAAAUGAAUGCUUUGAAAUACGGAAAUAUAUUGAGUACAUAAAAAAAACGUGUCGUAGAGAUAUUUAAACUCAAAGCUCGCUGUAACAUGAGCAAAGAUGAUGGCAGGAAGAAAAAGAAAGGUCCAAGACUUGGCAGUGGCUGCUGCUGCUACACACACAGAGUCGGGCUUGCUGUUGCGUAGAAACCAGACUGAACUGAACUGUAGAGCUUCUCCUGCCAAGCUGAAGAGCCAACCAGGUCUGUGUGAAUCUGUUCAAAGUCUCGAGCCGGAGCGAAGCCAUUAUUUCAACUACAACGAGCCUCAGCGCAGACUGGGGCAGGACUUUUUCAGCCAGCCCUGCAUCAGUUUGGCCAAAGCAUUCCUCGGCAAGGUGCUGGUCCGCAGGCGUGCCGAUGGCUCUGAGCUUCGAGGGAGAAUAGUGGAAACUGAAGCAUAUCUUGGAGGGGAGGACAAAGCCUCUCACUCAGCAGGGGGCAAACGCACUGAGAGGAACACGGCCAUGUUCAUGAAGCCCGGCACAAUCUACGUGUAUCCGAUCUACGGGAUCUACCUCUGCAUGAAUGUGUCCAGUGAAGGGGAGGGUGCUGCCGUGCUGCUGCGCUCUCUGGAGCCCCUGCUGGGCCAGCCUGCGAUGAGGGAGCUGAGAGCGGCUCGACGCAAAGAGGGAGCCCGGCAACUGAAGGACAAAGAGCUCUGCAACGGGCCCUCGAAGCUGUGCCAGGCUCUAAAUAUACCUCGCUGUUUUGACCGAAGAGACUUGGCUUCUGACCCCGAGGUGUGGCUCGAGGAUGAUCAAAACACAAGUCCCCCAAAACCCCAGGAUAUAGCUUCAGCUCCACGCGUCGGUAUCGAGUCCCACGGGGAGUGGGCUAAGAAACCGUGGCGCUUUUAUCUGCGGGGGCAUCCCUGUGUUAGUGUGGUGAAUAAAGAGGCAGAGAGACUGUCUCUGUCUGGAAAUGAAACAGACAAUGUAGAUGCAUGAAAUGUGCAAAAAAAGAACAAAAUCAACUUGGAAAAAAAAAAAAGACUGAAGUGUUUUAAGCUGCUUUUCUAUGUGUUCCCUUUUUUAAACUUGAAAAUAAAAUAAAGUCUUGUC